UUUGCUACUCGUAGCCAGCGUGCGGCACCUAUGUUUGCAGUCAUCCCCGGCCAUCAUAGCGGCUCAUUGGGUAUCAUCGAAAUUAUUUUUCUCGUAACGACAGUGGUUCUAAUCAUAAUAAUGCUGAUAUACUGUUGUGUAGUGAUACGAAUGCACUUCAUGCAAAGAAAUCUUCCUAGGGGUCAAGUUGUGGUCAUGGCUCCUCCUUAUCCUGCACAAACACCGCAUGCUAUCGUAUAUAGUACAACUCCUGUGACUGCCAUGCCUUCGGUGGAGAGAGAAGAUGACACGGAUGCUCCGGAAGCUCCAGUCUAUCCUGCUGCAUAUGUAGUGCCGAUGAAUGCAGCUGGAUCCUACCCGCAACAAAUCCUUGUUCCUGCACCUGUAGCUCUAACUCGCUAGGAAAAAUUUUUGCAUACUUGUAUGCAGCUCUUUAUGUGAUACUUGCAGAAAUCCAAUAAUACAC